GAAGGGGGAGUCUGAAGACAUGUGUUCAGACGCAAGCUCUGAAUGCAAAACUUUGGCAGUCACGUACGUUGCACUCAUCAUGUGCUCCCGCUGUGUGGACACAGAUUGAAAAUAAUUGAAUGAGCAUUUAUUCGAUUUACUGCCGUAGAUUUACAUGAUAUUUGGCAAUGCCCUCGUAAAGAGUGAUUUUCAUUACUGUCGCAAACACUUGGCGACUAAGCUCCGAGGUAGCUGGCUAGCUAGCUCGCUAAGGUUAGCGGACUGAGGCCAGGAUUGCGCUCGUUUUCACGGACUUGGGGGAAAUGUUCUUUCGCAGGUUGCGGUGAUAAAGCGAAACUCUUGACCUACACCGACGAGCUAAUUAUUAACAGCUCCUGGCUUUCAGCAAGAACACGGCAGGAGCCUCCACCACCAUAUUCCUUCGGUGUGACAUCCAACCACUCCAAGACCUAAAUGUCGGAUCAUAGCUGGAAUUCAUCUGGAUCGGACGAGGAUCAGGACCCUGAAUUGGGACAGCCUGUUGAAUUCGGUGGCGUCCUCAGCAAGUGGACCAACUACAUUCAUGGCUGGCAGGACCGGUGGGUGGUUCUGAGGAAGAACACCCUCAGCUACUAUAAGUCGGAGCAUGAGCGCGAGUUUGGCUGCCGCGGCUCGCUGUGCCUCAGCAAGGCUGUCAUCACGCCUCACGAGUUUGACGAGUGCCGCUUUGACAUCAGCGUGAACGACAGCGUGUGGUACCUGCGGGCAGAGGACCCCGAGCAUCGGCAGCAGUGGAUCGAGAGCAUCGAACUGCACAAGGCCGAGUCCGGCUACGGGUCGGAGUCCAGCCUGAGGCGCCAUGGCUCCACACUUUCCCUCACCUCCGCCGCCAGCGGCUUCUCCGCCACCUCCACCUCCUCCUUCAGGAAGGGCCACAGUCUGCGGGAGAAGCUGGCGGAGAUGGAAACCUUCCGAGACAUCCUGUGCAGACAGGUGGACACGCUGCAGAGGUAUUUUGACAACUGCGCCGACGAAGACAAAGACGUGUUCCAGAGAGACAAAGUGGUAGAGGACGAUGAGGAUGACUUCCCCAACACCAAACCAGAUGGAGACUACUUGCUCAACAACAGCAGCAAGGAGAAAUUGUGUUCACAGGGGACCCUAGUUAAGGAGGCGAACGGGAUCGAUUUCAAGGGCGAGGCCAUCACUUUCAAAGCCACCACGGCGGGGAUCCUGUCCACCCUGUCCCACUGCAUAGAGCUGAUGGUCAAGCGCGAGGAGAGCUGGCAGAGGAGACUGGACAAGGAAAUGGAGAGGAGGAGACGAACGGAGGAUGCCUACAAGGCGGCCCUGUCCGAGCUCAAGAAGAAGCCACACUACGGCGGACCAGACUACGAGGAAGGACCAAACAGCCUCAUCAACGAAGAGGAGUUCUUCGACGCUGUGGAAGCUGCCCUAGACAAGCAAGACAAGAUCGAGGAGCAGUCUCAGUCGGAGGCAAAGAGUCGCACUUUGUUGUCACUUCCGAUGACGCCCGGUGACACCCACUCCACCAUAAGCACUCACAGAUACUCCACCAAGCCUCAUAGCCAUACUUCCUCCCUGUCCUCCGUCGAGCUGGUCAGUGCCUCGGACGAUGUGCACAGAUUCAGCGCGCAGGUGGAGGAGAUGGUGCAGAAUCACAUGGCGUACUCCCUGCAGGAUGUGGGCGGAGAUGCCAACUGGCAGCUGGUGAUUGAGGAGGGGGAGAUGAAGGUGUACCGGCGCGAGGUGGAGGAGAACGGGAUCGUUCUGGACCCCCUCAAGGCCACCCACGCCGUCAAAGGGGUCACAGGUCACGAGGUGUGCCAGUACUUUUGGGACACUAACUUCCGCUACGACUGGGAGACCACUGUUGAAAACUUUAAUGUCGUCGAGAGAUUGUCAGACAGUGCUGUCAUUAUCUACCAGACACACAAGAGGGUAUGGCCCGCCUCCCAGAGGGAUGUGCUCUAUCUGUCAGGGAUGCGCAAAGUCCCGGCAAACAACGAGAACGACCCAGACACAUGGCUCGUGUGCAACUUUUCCGUGGAUCAUGACAGUUCUCCUCCCACUAACAAGUGCAUUCGUGCCAAAAUCAAUGUGGCUAUGAUCUGUCAAACCCUGGUCAGCCCACCAGAGGGCGAUAAAGAGAUCAGCCGGGACAACAUCCUCUGCAAAAUCACUUACGUAGCCAAUGUGAACCCUGGUGGCUGGGCACCGGCCUCCGUGCUGCGGGCGGUGGCUAAGAGAGAGUACCCCAAAUUCCUCAAACGUUUCACCUCCUACGUCCAGGAGAAGACCAGCGGAAAGCCCAUACUCUUCUAGAACCAACCGCAGGCUCUGGGCACACAUGGCUCCCAAUGUCUGCCGAUUCGAAGCCCACGCCGGUCCGGUCUGGUCUGGUCUGGUCUCCCGUGGACCACACUCCCCACGCUCCCUCCCCAGCCUCAAAACAGCUGCUUACAUCGUGAUCAUCAUCAUCAUCAUCAUCAUCAUCAUCAUCAUCUCAUUUACCAGCAUGAAACCCCACCUGCCGGAGGCUGCGUCGAAAGGGGUGGGGGGUGGGGGUCUUCGUGUCUCUCUACAAAAAAAAUAACUGUUUAUGCAUAGAAAGUAUUUGUAUAGCGUGUCAUGCCAUGCCAUGCGCCAAAGGCAGUUACAACCAUGGGAGAGCGUUUUUUUUGAAAGGAGGAGUUUUAUUGAGCCUUGUUUACUACUUGAACCGUUUACAGUAACAUCGCUAACUAAAAAGCCUUACUCGUGCAUCCUAAGUUCAGAGUCGGAAAAAUCCCAACUGUACCUCUGGUACAGCAUAACCGGCGGAGUGGUGAGAUGGGCUCCAACCCUAAAUGCUUACCAUUGUGACUGAAGGCUUGUAUAAAACAACGCUUUAAAAGAAAUUCUGCUGCUCCUUUUGGAUGCGGAGCUGUGUUGCUUUGUUUUAUAUGUAAAUGCUGUAAGUAUACUGAAAUAACAAUUUGUGGGUGUUUUGCUUUGAUCCUUGUAUUAUGGAUUUUUUUUUUUUUUUUUUGUAUUCAUUGUUAAGAUUUCGAAACCGAGAAAAAAAUGACAUAGCUAAUGAAAGAAUGAACUCCAGCUGAAUGCCUUUCUAGAAGUGACUUCAGUCACGCAGCUGUGCAUACCUUUCAAGCUUGCUAUCCUUGAGUUGCUGUCCGAUUAGCAUCAUGUGGCCCUUAGAUGGAGAGGAGAGGAACACUUUGACUCGUUAAGAUGGCAUAAGGCUUGGAUUCUGUGGAAUAGGCUAGCUGCGUAAUCUCAGUUGAACUGCGUCAUGGGACGUCAAGACACACAGCAGUUACUUUGUUUCUGUACUAAUGUCUAUAGUGAACCGCAGAGGAGAUUUGAAAAGUAUUUUGUAUUUAGCUUUUAAAGGUUAGUUGUGUCUCUUUGCAGUCAACAAUAUUUGAGAUUACUUUUGUCAUCUUGUGUUUCUAAUAGUUUGACGACAGUUAGCCAUCUUCCAAACAGCGUGCUUGGACAGGCCUUGUAAUUUGAAGGGGCACAAUCAGCAAUCAAAGUAGUUUGUGGAACAAUCAUUUCACAGAGACGGGCAUGCAGUUGUGACUGUUGACAUAUCUGCCUUAGUGUCGAGGGGAAAUCCCUGCAAAUGUUGUACCAGAUCUAUAUUUUGUACAAUGCACAUCAAAUGAUCAUAUACAUGGAUUUUGUAUAUGAAGGCUAUAUACACCAGAUCACCAAAUGAAAAAAAAAUUGUCAGCAUUUCAUAUGAUUUCUUUUUAUUAUAUUUUUGUAAAUGUGUGUGUUUGUCUAGUACACCCUACUGUAACAGUUCACAGAAGAAAAAGAAAAAAAAAACAAUACUGCGAUAAAAAAAUUACUGCUAUGAGACCAUCUUUACUAGGUUUGUUAUGUUAGUGAUUCUAAGAAAUUGAGGGGUUGGAUUUCUGUGAGUAUACCAUUUGCACUAAAUGCUAUGCUAUGGCAUAUUACCAUGUCAUUCAAACAAAAAAGGUUUGAUAUUUCAUGGCUUUUCAGAAACAGAAACCGCUUUUGGGUCUGGGUAGCCUAGAGUCUGUGGGUGAUUCCCAUAUAAAUAAAUGAAUCUGUGCCCUGGCCAUAUGUCAAGUGAGGGCACCGAUAGACCAGGUGGUAGCCUACGAGGCUGCGCUUAGUGCUAGUCAGAGCGCAGACGAGUGAGAGAAAGCUGGUGUUCAGUCAGUGGUUGAUCGACAUGGUCACAGAACACCUUCUACAAACAGUUGGUCAUUGAACUGAAGUGUGGAAGGGAAAAUGGAGAUGGCUAGGUAUGACAUUGACCAGUGACAAACACUUGCAGAAGACAUUGUUUCAAAUCUUUUUAUAGACGUAAUGAUUUUCAUUUGUAUAAAUAAAUAAACUCUAAAUUAGUAAAGUGAA